GGGGACGGGGGACCGGGAACCGGGAACCGGGAACCCUGUGCCGGCCUUCCCCGGGGGACCCUGUGCCGGCCUUCCCCGGGGAACCCUGUCCCGGCCUGGGAGAAAGGACCCGCGGCCGCUGCCGGGGCGGCUCGAGGCCUUGUGCUGCUGAGGGGAGGGAGGGAAGGCCGGUCCUGGGAGCUGCGAACCCCGGCAGCCAGGUGUUGUCCCGAAUUAGGUCCGCGCAUAGAGCCGAGCCAUGGGAUUGUUUGACAAGCUGGCAGGAUGGCUUGGGCUGAAGAAAAAGGAGGUUCAUGUCUUGUGCCUUGGCUUGGACAACAGCGGCAAAACAACGAUCAUCAAUAAACUCAAACCUUCAAAUGCUCAAACUCAGGACAUUGUUCCAACAAUAGGAUUCAGUAUAGAGAAAUUCAAGACUUCAAGUUUGUCUUUCACAGUGUUUGAUAUGUCAGGUCAAGGGAAAUACAGAGACCUCUGGGAACACUACUACAAAGAAGGCCAAGCCAUUAUUUUUGUCAUUGAUAGCAGUGACAAAUUAAGAAUGGUUGUGGCCAAAGAAGAACUUGACACCCUUCUGAAUCAUCCAGAUAUUAAGCACCGUCGACUGCCUAUUCUCUUCUUUGCUAACAAGAUGGACCUCAGGGAUGCAGUGUCAUCUGUGAAAGUGUCUCAGUUACUGUCCUUAGAAAACAUCAAAGACAAGCCCUGGCAUAUCUGUGCCAGUGAUGCUCUUAAAGGAGAUGGAUUACAAGAAGGUGUGGAUUGGCUCCAAGAUCAAAUUACACAAUCAGAUGCAAGCAAUGAAGACAUGAGAGAUAAAUAAAGGAUCUAUGGCGUUCUUUUACACCCUUUGUCAGUAGGUGAACAAGCACCUUGGAAAGGAAGAAUGAUUUGAAGAAGAUGAACAGUUCAGCUAAAAUAUCCUAUAUUGACUUGUUUCAGUUUAGUAUCUCUUCCAGGAAAACUGAAUGUAGACAACCUAGCACCUCAGGUAUGAACAUCGAUUGAAUUAAAUUGAAUCUUGUGACUGGAGAGGGUAUUUUUAAAAAAAUUGUGUUAAAAAUAAACAUCUGCAUUCAUUUGAGUUUUAGGUGAUAACUAGCCAUCAGGAAAUACCCCUCUGUUUUUUGGGGGGACACCUUUUGAGCAAAUGGGAAUAUUUAUUUUCCAGAGACAGAAUAAUAAGCACUUCCUGAAAUACAGCUACAUGGGAUACCUACUGAUUUUAGAUGCCCAGUUUAGGCAUUUCUGCCAUUUUUUUAUAUUAAAGUUUGACAUUAGUUUUUAUUAUCCAUCUAUAAUAGACUUCUCUAAGAAUAUUUUGAUUAAAGAUGCAAGGAUUUAAACGUUCAGUGUAUUUGCUAUAGAUGAUUGCAGAUGUUUUUAAGGAAUUGCUUUUAAUGAAAUGUUACACAUUGUUUUUGUGAUUGUGCCAUGGUUAUAUUUGCAUUCCCAUCAAUAAAACUUCUAAUAUAUGACAUGCCCUGGUUGGGUUUUUUUAACUUUAAUAUGCUCAUUGAUGGUCUUUGCAUCCUAGAGAUUUUUGGCUUUCUGUUCGUUUCACUUGGAAUCUGUUUAUCCAUUUUCCAGAGGAUAUAGCACUGUGUACUGUAAUAAAACAGUAUCUCUGUUGCCAA